UUCCCUCUGUUGACAGGACGUAGCGCGCACCGUCGUUCUCGUGUUCGAAAUUUAAAUUCACGCGGGAUGUGUCAUGAUACAGAUUAAAUAUUUUUGCAUAAUCUGUGGUGUGUGUGUGAAAUGAUUAGGAAAGGAAUUUAAGUGGACCGGUGAUGUGCGUUUAGUUAUUUGGAAUUAUAAGAAUGUCCAAACCACGAAAAUCAAGAUAGCAUCGAGAAAAAUCAUACAUAAUGACUAUAAACUUGCGUGCGAAAUGUGAAAAUCAAAUGUGACAUUCGUGCCAAAACAAUGUAUUGCUGUAAAGAACUAAAACUACUCUAUGCCAUUGUUGUUCUAUUAUUAGAAGCUGAAUUGUUAGUGAACAUAGGUGCUAUGGAGUCGAAGAGGUCUUCCAUACUCGUAACUCAAAAUCCGGAUGAUUUGAAGGCGUUAGAACUUUGUACGACACGAAAUCAACAGAGGCUUGGCAGUGUCUUUGGGAAUUUUACAAGGCAUCACAAAAAAGGUCAUAGAAGAAGAACAACAUCCACCAGCACAACAACAGAAACGACAAUGCACUCGACAACAGAUUUUGAAACAGAAUUCACAAGUGAAUAUAGCACAGCAUAUCCAAAGUUACCUAAACCAUUACGACUAAGUCUAGACAUUGAUUACGAUGUACAUAACAUAAAUGUAGAAGAUCAUCAAAGGCAUAAACACGAUAGUUUAGAUAGAGAAUUAGAAUUAGAAAUGGAUGAAACAGUAUUAUCUAAAUCUUUCAAUAAGGCUAAGAAAAUGUAUAGAGACUCAGCCGCAUCUGCUGUUAAUAAAUUAAGUGCAAAAACUAGUAAGAAUGGUAUAUUUUUGACUGACAACUGCACGACGGUUAUAGCCCAAAUCGGAACAACGGCUAUAUUACACUGUGAAGUUAGUGAUAUUACAGAGAAUACGGUGACCUGGAUUCGGCGGAAAGACUACUCACUGCUAUCCGUCGGUCUAGUUACGUAUAGCGCUGAUAACAGGUUUUUCUCCGCUCACGGACGACAUGUUAAGGAUUGGGCGUUACAUAUCCGGUUUGCGACAUCAGCGGAUGGGGGCUUCUACGAGUGCCAGGUCCCCACACAUCCGCCAACGAGCAUUUUCUUCAAACUUGUACUAGUGGCUGCCUACGCAGAAAUUGUGGGUGAAUCAGAAAAGAUAAUUCAUGAGGGUUCCAUGCUAAAGCUUAUCUGUGUCGUGAAAAGAUCUACUGAACCACCUUCUUACGUCUUCUGGUACUUCGAGAACAGAAUGAUAAAUUAUGAUUUAAAUGGCGUGAGUGUCCACAAUGGCAGGCACACCAGUGAGCUUGUGAUUGGUAAAGCUGAACCUCGCCACGCCGGAAAUUACACUUGCGUACCAGCCAACGCGCGCGCAGCGUCUGUAACUGUACAUGUAGUGCAAAGCGAAACACCAGCGGCGAUGCAACACGGCAACAACUAUGCAACAAAGAAUAUCCACUACUUAAAACUUUUACUUACGGUGUUAUCACUGAGAAUUAUUAUUCAGCAAAUCUCCCACGAGUUUGGAUAACGAUUGUAUAUAAUUUAAUUGCUAUAAUUUUCAAACAACUGUAGGUAUAUAUAUGUUUAUUAUUUUCCCCAACGUUUAUUUCGAAACCGGAGCGAUCUGAGGAAAUAUCUCAUUUGGAGUGUAUUGAUUGUACAGUGUUUAUUUAUGGAAUUUUCAUUUAUAGUUCAUAUAUUUUUGUGUCUUUUGUUAAAGCUUGACGUCAUCACGACAAGGGUAAAAUCCUAUUGGAUUUGACAUAUUACACGCUUAGCGCUAAGUAUCGACUGUAAGUCUAACAACUUAUUGACACUCUUUAAUACGUGCUAUGGACGGAUGGAGUGUAGUUGUAUCUUAAUAAUAAUUUUGAUGAAAUUAUUUUUCGUUGUUUUAUUUCGACUAGGUGUUUUGAAGUUUUAUAACUUUGAUAUUUUUAAUUAAAUAAAAUACUUCUUUGAUAAAAGGCCAUUUGUAGCUCAUUAGCACCUGUAUAUAAGUAUCGUUAUAUGGAAAUA